GAGGUCUACAACUUCCUGGUGUGUGGCUGGGCCAAAGGAAUUGGUAUCAAGACUCUCCCGGAUAAAUAAUACAUCGUUUUUGCUCGGGUUCACUUGGGUGGGUCUGCCACAAACGUAUGCAUCGACACGCUUUCACCCCCAUCACCUGGCACCCCUCUGCUGGUCCACCUGCAUGUUGCUCAGCCAUGCGGACUCAACACACGUCUAACAGCGUGAGAUGGGGCGCACUGCACGUCUACAUCGCCUGGCAGAUUCAUUACAAAGAGCAAAGCAAGCACAACAUAGCCAAAGAUGACCGUCUCCAUCGAGACACAACAUCCCAGGUUCCUGCCCCUGGACCACCUGUCUCGCUCACACACCCUCAUGCAGCGUCGUCUUCUGCCUUUGGACUGCUGGCUGAGACGAGACCAAGAAGGCGCCAGGUGCCGGGACCCGAUCUGAGCUGGAGAGACAACGGAGGAAAGCAAGAAGAAAGGUGGAAAAGGCAGCAGGAGAGUGCCGCCUGCAUCCAGAUGAAGAAGAUGAGGCAGCAAGUAUCCUCACAGAUUAUGACAGCGCCACACACUGGUGCUCGCUGGUACUGUCACGGGAACAGAUUUAAACAUCUGAACCGAAGUGAUCAACUUCUUCUAUUGGGCGACCGUGUAAACUGCAAUGUGAUCAAAUGCUCUCAUGGUGUUGCUGGCAGCUUCUCUGAGCCACAACGUCUUUGUCCCGCCAUUGUGAGGCAGCAGGGGCCCGCUCACCUCAGCAGGGCCACACCUACAGGUGAUGAGAAGCACCUGCACCAACUCCGCUACUCACCGUUUCUGGGCAACAGCCGCCAUCCAAGAUUUUUGCUUUGAGUCCGCCGCAUGCUAUAAUCGUAUUUUUCACAGUUUUGUAAUAUUUAAGAAGAGAAAGGACGCCAGAAGUCUUCUAAAUCAGUGUUUUUCAACCUUUUUUGAGCCAAGUCACAUUUUUUGUGUUGAAAAAAUCCGGAGGCACACCACCAGCAGAAAUCAUUAAAAGACGAAACUCAGUUAACAGUAGAGAGUUGUCGUCGCAAUUGUUGGAUAUGACUUUAAGCCAUAACCAAGCAUGCAUCACUAUAGCUCUUGUCUCAAAGUAGGUGUACUGUCACCACCUUUCACAUCACACCCUGACUUAUUUGGACUUUUUUGCCGUUUUCCUGUGUGUAGUGUUUUAGUUCUUGUCUUGCGCUCCUAUUUUGGUGGCUUUUUCUGUUUUUUUGGUAUUUUCCUGUAGCAGUUUCAUGUCUUCCUUUGAGCGAUAUUUCCCGCACCUACUUUGUUUUAGCAAUCAAGAAUAUUUCAGUUGUUUUUAUCCUUCUCUGUGGGGACAUUGUUGAUUGUCAUGUCAUGUUCGGAUGUACAUUGUCUUUGCCCCACAGUAAGUCUUUGCUGUCGUCCAGCAUUCUGUUUUAAAUUUGUAGCCAAUUCAGUUUUAGUUUUGUUCUGCAUAGCCUUCCCUAAGCUUCAAUGCCUUUUCUUAGGGGCACUCGCCUUUUGUUUAUUUUGGGUUUAAGCAUUAGAUACCUUUUUACCUGCACGCUGCCUCCCACUGUUUUCGACAUCGACAAAGCUAUUAGCUACCUACUGAUAUGGAAGAGUAUUACACGGUUACUCUGUCAAGCUCUAGACACCACCGACACUCAACAACAACACAUCAUUUUCAGACUAUAAUUACCGUAUUUUUCGGAGUAUAAGUCGCUCCGGAGUAUAAGUCGCACCGGCCGAAAAUGCAUAAUAAAGAAGGAAAAAAACAUAUAUAAGUCGCACUGGAGUAUAAGUCGCAUUUUUGGGGGAAAUUUAUUUGAUAAAACCCAACACCAAGAAUAGACAUUUGAAAGGCAAUUUAAAAUAAAUAAAGAAUAGUGAACAACAGGCUGAAUAAGUGUACGUUAUAUGAGGCAUAAAUAACCAACUGAGAAUGUGCCUGGUAUGUUAACGUAACAUAUUAUGGUAAGAGUCAUUCAAAUAACUAUAACAUAUAGAACAUGCUAUAUGUUUACCAAACAAUCUGUCACUCUUAAUCGCUAAAUCCCAUGAAAUCUUAUACGUCCAGUCUCUUACGUGAAUGAGCUAAAUAAUAUUAUUUGAUAUUUUACGGUAAUGUGUUAAUCAUUUCACACAUAAGUCGCUCCUGAGUAUAAGUCGCACCCCGGGCCAAACUAUGAAAAAAACUGCGACUUAUAGUCCGAAAAAUACGGUACUGGUUUGCAAAAAAUAUUUUUAACCCAAAUAGGUGAAAUUAGAUAAUCUCCCACGGCACACCAGACUAUAUCUCACGGCACAGUGGUUUGAAAACACUGUUCUAAAUCACUUUAAGUCAGGCAUGUAGUAUCUAGCAGGGUUGUGAAUCUUUGUGCACCGAACGAUUCAAUCCGAUUCCUAGGGCGAUGAUUUGAUUUAGAAUGUAUUCUCGAUUUAAACCGAUUCUUGCAAUGUAUUAUUUGAUAUAAUAAUUAUAAUGAAGCUUUUUUCAAAACACGUUACAGGUUAGAAAAUCUCCUGGUUGCAAGGAGACGGCAUGAAAACAUUUUAAAAAAUGCCAAAAGUUUGGACACACCUUCUCAAUCAAUGCGUUUUUUUUAUUUUCAUCACUAUUUACAUUGCACUGUCACUGAAGGCAUCAAAACUAUGAAUGAACACAUGGGGAGUUAUGUACUUAACAAAAAAAGGUGAAUUAACUGAGCUUCAAGAGGUAGUCGCCUGAAAUGGUUUUCACUUCACAGGUGUGCUUGAAGCUCAUCGAGAGAAUGCCAAAAGUGUGCAAAGCAGUAAUCAGAGCAAAGAGUGGCUAUUUCGAAGAAACUAGAAUAUAAAACAUGUUUUCGAUUAUUUCACCUUUUUUUGUUAAGUACAUAACUCCACGUGUUCAUUCAUAGUUUUGAUGCCUUCAGUGACAAUCUACAAUGUCAUGAAAAUAAAGAAAACACAUUGAAUGAAGAGAAGGUGUGUUUGGCUUGCAUUGUAUGUAUUUUUAAUCAAUUUUUGAAAAUUAUGAAUCGAUUUAAAAUCCAGGUGAAUCCGAAUCGCAACGAUUUUUUGUGUGCAGUGACUUGUCAAAACAAGAACCCUAUUGAUUUUGCAAAUGUGCACAUAUCUUCCUGUGUACAUUUUUUAUGUAUAGUACAGUAAAGUUGAACUGGGACACCAUCAUUCCAAAUUUAAAGUCCCAUGAAAAUCGAGCUACACUACCAAGUUACUACAGUAACUGACAAAAAUGUCAUAAAAACAUCUGUAAAUAUAAUUUAAUUUCCAAAAUGUGCUGGGUUUGACAGCUAUUUAAAUCAAUAAAUAAUCAAAUAUAAUCCAAAUGAUGAAAUGUGACAUGUAUUAAAAAAGAUCAUUUCAAAAUGUUGUUUUGUAUUAUAUUGUACAAAGGAGUCACUGCUCACUGUAAAGCAGCAGCUUUGUUUUAUUAAAAAAAAAAAAGUAAGAUGUAAGCCUACUGUUAGGAGUCAGACCACGUCCAUGCCCAGACCUCUCGCCACCGCCGUCAGCGCCUGCACGGCUCCAGAUGUCCCCCCGGCCUCACAGUCCUCCUGUGCGGGCCCGCCAGCUUCGUCCUCGAUGUGAGGAAUGGUGCUCAUGAUGCAGUAGACGGGUGAGUCGCCGCCUCCGUGCGGGCUGGCCGACUGUUCUGAGGAGCACGGCGAAGCAGAGGAUGAAGCGGAGGAAGAUGGCGGCGAAGAGGCACGUCCCCUGUCGGGCGUGGCAGCGGCUCUUUCGCUGCGUGUUCUCGGACUCUUGCGAAGGCUGGGAGGUUUCUUGGCCAUGUUCUUCAUGAUCUCUUUGCUCACUUCCACCGUCUCCACGCGCACCAUGUUCAGUUUCAAGAAGCCGUCGACAUCUUUCCUGUAUCUGAGCAAAGAACACUUGAAUCACUUAUUUGAAAUUCAGCUCACCACCUUACAAAAAUACUACAAGGCUGACAACAUUAACGCUAACUAGAAGAGGCAAUUGCGUGUGAAUGCUCCAAUGCUGAAGUUGAAGUGAAAUGCUGACAGAAUGUAGUAUG